ACGAGAAACAAUUGAAUACUGCAUCCAUGCCAGUCGCUGGAGAUGAAAAUUAUGAUAACAGCCAUCGGGCAUUUUUGCAGGCUUUGAUGGCUCGAUCCACCAUGACUCUUAACGAAGCAAAACCUAUUUUAGCAGCUAUCCUCUCUGUCAAAGACGGCCGAGAAGUACUACCGGAAGAUGUCACCCAAGCCGAUCUAUCAAAUUACAUUUCCUCAAUUAACACUGCUAUUUCACCUUUCGACUUCGAGAUUCGCAAUUCAGUGCAUCAGACGAAUCAUACUCGAGUCUAUGCUCUAGUUAACACCACCAGUGAUCCUCUCAUGCAGCUUGCGACCACCUACACGGCGGAUGAAAUCGCGUACGUGAAGCGACUUCUCGACGCCAUGUUUGAGACAAAUAACACAUUACGCGAGGAAGCUAUGGUAGUGUCCGCUAUCAAAGCUGUGCAAUUGGCAAAAGUUUCCAACAAUAAUAGUCGGCGAGAAUCUCAGAGUGCAACACAGGGAGGCAAUGCGCAGCCAUUGAGUAUGAGGGAAGCAGAAGAUAUGUUGCAGAGAUUAGUCGACGAAGGGUGGUUUGAAAAGAGCCGCAAGGGCAAUUAUUCCUUGACACCACGCGCACUGAUGGAGCUGCGAACAUGGCUCAUUGAAUCUUAUAAUGAUGAUGUGGAUGAAGACGAACAGGAUAAUGGACGAAGGCAUGACAAAAUAAAGUUUUGCUUUGCCUGCAAGGAUUUGAUAACUGUGGGCCAACGGUGUUCUCAGCGUCAAUGUCCAGCACGCUUACACAAUAUGUGUGUUCAAAAUUUCUUUCGCCUGCAGAGAGCCGAAACCUGCCCUUUUUGCAAAACCAAUUGGACAGAGAAUAAUUUUGUUGGCGAACGUGCUCUAUCUAACCAGGCCUCGCGAGGUGCGGCCGGUGCUGCACCGCGUACCUCCCUGCGGACAUCGACACCAAUGGAUAUCGAACCCAAUGCAGGUGGUUUUGAAUAAUCAAGAGUCACCUCUAUGAGUGGCAAGCUCUCGAACGGGCCACCGUUUGCGCCCUUUCUCAUAUAAAGUUUGGGUGUGCUUUACCCAUUUCCAGAUAAAAUCCCCCGCCACCCUUUUACCCGAGAAUCGACAGGUAGGUCUACUAUAUAUCCCACGCUUCACGCUGUGCUGUAGAAAUUACUAGCCUGGAUUCGAACGUGGCUUUGCGCCCGUAGUUCGAGUUUACACUUUAUUACAUACGACCGCCAUCUAACGAUGAAUUAUGGGUUCGGGUUAGAACCUCCAUCGUACCACGUGCUACUUGUAAUGCAUCAUUCAAGAGCACCAGAACAUAAAUUUGAGGUCGCAAGUGUUGUCUCUACAUGGAGAUAUUCAUUGAUGUGAAUAGCAUUCAUGUACAGCUACAUCGUGACGUUUGGGUCCCGGUUUAUCGACACCAGACCUAGGAACGGACUUGCUUGCUUCGUUGUUGGCUAUCGAGCGAUGGAUUUUGUUCCUCCUGUCCGUGGGGCACCAAAACAUCCCAAUGUUAGAGAUAAUAUAGAUUUCGCUACAUUAUCCGUUAUCACGCCAAGCAUUAUUCCGGGAGCUAUUCCAAAGUUUUCGAAAGAAAUUAGAUGACCAAGUCUUAAGGCAUUCCCAUCUUCACGCUACAUGCGGCAUCAGCUAGGCAACUUGGAGAGUUUUAGUUUAUGCGUAGCCGAGCAACACUCUCUAGAAAAGUGCUCGAAGCAAAAAGCCCCUAUCUCCCACAUAAACACACAAAAUGUUGGUGCAGGCAUUCAACCAGUCCCUUAAAUGAUGCUAAUGUUGAAUAUUUAUAAAUGCAACCUUUAAUCUACUUUUUCCUCUUCUCCCGGCAGCCUGUUCAUCUCAGGGACUAAACUGAUGGCCCAGCUCGUGCCAGAAGUUUUCUCGAUCAAAAUCAUCUUCACUAGAAGAAAGAGCUCUGGGCUUGAGGCUACGUGAUCCACCGAAAUUUUUUGCACGCCGGAUGCCGAUAAAAGCUGCGGUUCUGCAUCCUAUAAGUGGAAGUGACAUGUUUAAAGAGGCGAGCCUUGGUACCAGCUACUCCUACACUGGAUAAAGGUCUCGGCACCUCCCAGCCAUUCUGUGCAUGACGAGAUCCGUGACCAUGUCCUGAACAAGAUUAUGAGUGGUAAGUCAUAUGACAGAUUCUCAAUUGAUGGUGUUCCGGGAGAAGUUCAGUGGAAUAUCGUCGCUAGACUCUGAUGAUGGCCUUGAAGUGUGAUAUACGUCUACCAGCGAGGAGUUGUUGCACUCCGUUUGCAGUGCACUGUAACCGAUA